GAGAAACGAGGGGUGUCAGAGUCACAGAUACUGACUGUUUACUCCACAUUUCUUCACUUUUUGGGGAAGUGCCCUCAACAAUCAUUAACCUGUUCUGAUUUGAAAUGGGCUCUUCACUCUAACAUUUUUAUUCCUGACAAAAUGUGGGUGAGAUAUCUCGGGUUUGUUAUUCUUUUCGGCCUUCCAGGAGCACUGCAUGCUCAGCCUUGUGGCGCUCCAGGCCUUGAUGGUGGUUAUUUUGUCCCGAAACAAGAAACGUAUUCUCAUGAAAUUGAGAUAACUUACGCCUGUGAUAGUGGACGUAAACCUGCAGUGAAGGGAUGGUGGGCAACAAGCACAUGUCAAAACGGGGUCUGGUCUCCUGAACCGCAAUGUAUAGACGAAGAGGACUGCCUUCCACCUGAGAUACCCAACGCAAAAUUCAAUAAGAAACAAAGUGGUUGGUAUAACCCAGGAAACACAAUAAGGGUAACAUGUGACAACGAAUAUGAGCUGAAGAACAGGGAUGCCACAGCCGUUUGUUUAAAUGGAACCUGGACCUCUGUUCCUGUCUGUGAGAUAAGUAACAAUACAUGUGGUGAACCCCCUCAAAUCCCCCAUGCAGUCAUCAUUGGUCAGAAAUAUCAGGAGAUUUUUGCUGCAGAUUCCAAAGUUAGAUAUGAAUGUGAAGAUGGAUACUCUGUGGAGGGAGCAGAAAGCAAAAAAUCCAUCUUCUGCAUAUCCGGAAGCUGGAGUGAAGGUCCAAAGUGCAUCAGAGGAACCAGACCAGGUAGUGGAGGAGGUGAAGGACAAACUACAUCUUCUGACAGAACACAACCUGCAGGUGGAGGCAGCAGACCAGGUACUGGACAGGGUGGUUCUGCAGGUAGGGGAAACAUUCCAUCAGCUGGCAGUGCGGUCCGGCCUGUGGGUGUCAAAAACUGUGGAACUUUCCCCACGGUUGCCAACGGUGAAGUAGUGGAAUCGAACGAAUCGUUUUUGAAGUACAGCUGCAAAAUUUUUUACAAACUAGUUGGUCCAGAAACAGUGCUGUGUUAUGGCGAUGGCACAUGGUCCGAUAUACCCAUCUGCAGAGAUGCCUACUGUGCUGUGAACACUGAUGAACAUCCACUGUUAGUUUCAGUCGGAAAAGUCUUUAUAAAAGAGGGAGAGGAAAAAGAAUUUGACUGUGUGCAUCAGGAAGAGUGGUGGUUUGAUAAUUACUCUGUGGGCAAGUGCACGACUGAAGGACUGAGGUUACAGAAAUGCUGUGCCAGGGCGCAAAUAAAGUUUAAAACUUGCUCAGGCGUUCUUGCAUAAGGGAGGAUUCUGCUGCUUCAAGAUUUGUUCAUUAUUGACUGAAGACAAACACCAGACACUUUCAGAGGACAAUAAUGUUUGGAUUAUGCAGUUACUCACUUUGCCCACUUUUCAAGAUGAUCCCCUCAUGCUAAGAUGAUGGAGGGGCUUUACUUUGUCUACAGAAAUAACAGCUAUGCAUGAUGAGCAUUUAUAAAUUGUACUCAAUAAAAUCUUUGUGACGAUCACAGGGUCAAUGAUUCACAAUCA